AUCAUAUUCCCAUUUCCACCAACAAAUCACACCGUUUCUUGCAAAUUUCCCCAUCGUAAAUCCAACUGAAUAUUGCGUAUUUUGAAAUUUGAGGCGACUCAACCUGUAGAUUCAAAAUUUGAACGCUGCAGGAGCAGAAUCAUGAAGUCAAAGCGUAGUCGAUCAUGGUUCUGAAUCUUCAUUUUCCAACAAAUCUUCAUCAAACCCUCUCAAACUGGAUCGCCAACUUCUUCUUCUUCUUCUGCAACAAUGUCUACGACGCCUCUUCUUGAAGCCAUUGCGGUUUUGGUGCUUUUCGGAGCCCUUGGAAUCUCGUGUCGUCUCUCUGUUGCUUCUCCGCUCAAUCACCGCUACAAUGUCGGAGAUCUAAUUCCCUUGUUCGUGAACAAGGUCGGACCUCUGAGCAAUCCCAGUGAGACCUACCAAUACUAUGAAUUACCAUUCUGCCGUCCAGAUCCAUUAGUCCAAAAGAAAGCAACCUUAGGGGAGGCUUUAAAUGGUGAUAGGCUGACUGGUGCCUUGCAUGUGAUGAGAUUUAGGGAAGAUAAACAUUUGGUGACUCUGUGUGAGAAGAAGCUAAACGGUGCUGAAGUUUCACUGUUCAGGGAUGCCAUCAGGAAUGAUUUUUACUUUCAAAUGUACUGUGACGAUCUUCCGGUGUGGGGUUUUGUUGGCAAAGUUGAUGAACAGAGUUGGAUCUUAGACAAGCAGGGUCCAAAAUAUUACCUCUUCACCCAUAUUCAGUUUGAUGCUUCCUUCAAUCGGAACCAAAUUGUUGAAGUUAAUGCUUUUAGCGACCCGAAUCAUGUCAUUGAUAUAACAGAUGAUGUUGAACUUGAUGUUAGGUUCACUUAUUCCAUUUUUUGGAAUGAAACUUCAGCAGAGUAUGGAAAUAGGAUGAAUAAAUAUUCAUGGGCUUCUCUACUGCCCAUCAGUCAGAAAAUCCACUGGUUUUCAUUCCUUAAUUCAGUUGCUAUAAUCAUUCUGUUGAUGGGAUUGCUUACUUUACUUUUUAUGCGCCGUCUGAAGAAUGAUUUGAGGAAGAGCUCUGGCGGUGAUGGAGAGGAUGAACGAGAGGUUGUUUGGAAAUAUCUUCAUGGAGAUGUGUUUAGAUGUCCUCCAAAUUUGCCCCUCUUUUCUGCGGUUUUAGGUGUCGGUACACAGCUGCUGAUUAUGCUUUGCAGUUUAUUUCUCCUGUCGUCUCUGAGAAUCCUUUAUCCGUACAAUCGAGGGACACUAUUCACUUCUAUUAUUUUGAUCUAUUCUCUUACAUCUGUGGUAUCUGGAUAUACAUCUGCUUCUUUCUACUGCCAGUUUAACGAAAAUGGAUGGGAGAAAAGUGUUAUUCUAUCAGGGAUUCUGUAUUUGGGGCCAUCAUUGGUCAUAGUUUCUAUCCUUAAUAUUGUUGCUAUAUCUAAUGGGACUACUGCAGCACUUCCUUUUGGUACCAUUAGAGUGCUUUUUAUGAUAUAUACUUUUAUCAGUCUCCCAUUGCUUGCAUUUGGUGGGAUAAUUGGAUAUCGUUUGAGAUCCGAGUUUCAAGCGCCUUGUGCCACCAAGCGGAUCGUGCGAGACAUUCCUCCAUUGGCUUGGUUCAGAAAACUCCCUUGUCAAAUGUUCAUUAGUGGUCUGUUGUCGUUCAGUGCCGUUGUUCUUGAACUGCACCAUUUGUAUGCAAGCAUGUGGGGGUUCAAAAUUUUCACCCUUCCGAGCACUUUGUUCAUCACAUUCAUCAUCCUUAUCAUACUCACUGCUAUCUUGAGCGUUGGUUUGACUUACAUUCAGCUGUCUGUUGAAGAUCACCAAUGGUGGUGGAGAUCGGUGUUCUCCGGGGGCUCAACGGCCAUCUUUAUGUUUGGAUAUUGCAUAUACUUCUAUGCCAGGUUGAAUAUGAAUGGUUUCUUGCAGCUUUGCUUCUUUGUAGGCUAUAAUGCUUGUAUAUGUUACGCAUUCUUCCUGAUGCUGGGAGUUGUAAGUUUUCGCGUCGCCUUGAUUUUCGUUCGUCGUAUCUAUGAUGCUGUCAAAAGCGAAUGAGUUCAUCGGCCCCAUGUUUGUAUGGGACAACAAAAUCUAUAAAGUAUAUCAAUUAUCAAGUUUGAAUCUCCGUUGGUUAUGGCUC